AUGCUAGUCCAUUUCGUUUUUCUUUCUUUCUCAUUGCCAUUCGUCGUGUUCGGAUCUGGUAUUACAACACACAUCGAAGUUUCACAUCGUGCUCAAGAACUUUGGUUACAUCAGCCUAUUUAUCAACAAUAUGUUCUCCAAUAUCAAGAUGCAUUGCAAGCAGGAUCUCCAUAUCCUGAUAUUAUGUACGAUAGUUUAUGUUAUGGCGGCAGUUUACAUCAAGUGGCUGAAGACACUCAUUGGUAUCCAUUUAUGAAAAUUGCCAUCGAAUAUAUGCGUAAUCGACAUCCACCACCACUACAAUCUAAUGAUGUUGAUGGACAAAAGUUACUUGUAUUUCUACUCGGUGUGGCUUCCCAUCAAAUAGCUGAUGCUGCAUGGCAUGGAAAUUUAACAGACUGUCCUAAUGGAUUUAUUGAUGCAACAGCAUGGGAGAGUUUUAAUGACAGUCGAGAAAUGGCACAUUCAAGUGAUGAUACAGGCGGAGAUUGUGUUAUUAAUUAUGAGUUACCAGUCGGUUAUAUUGGGCUCAUCAAUAACUGGUAUGUUCCAAGCAACGAGCUUGAAGAGAUCUAUGCACAGUAUGCCAUUGCCUAUAACUCAUCACUUGAAAAUAAUGCUACUGCUACAACUAUUCAGACCUGUUCUGAUGUUUUGUUCGGUGGACGAUUUGCUGAUGCUCUUCUUCUUGGCUUUGAAUACCCAACCUACUCAAGCGGUAAUAGUUUUCUACUUGAUCAAUUACAUGAAUACUACUAUGGUGGUUUACCAAAUAUGGCUCGGUUGACAGUUCGAUAUUGGGAUCAAAUUAUUGCAAUGUAUGAACAUGGAAUAGAUAUUUGUACAUUGACUGGUAUUAGUCCAUACUAUCUCAAUUGUAUCGUUCCUAACAAUUUCACCCAACAACAACAGCAAGAAUUGACAUCGUACGUUCGAUCAGCACCUUCAGGAUAUUUACCUUAUUCAGACCAAUCUUUAUCAUUAUUGUUGACAGUUGGUGACACCGAGAUUACCACAGGACUCAUUUCAAAUCAAAGUUAUGCUGCAUUUGGUCAUGCAACACUCUUUGGUGAUUUUAACGGUGAUAGACUUACCGAUCUUGUUGUGUCAGCGCCCGACUAUUAUGUACUUGGAUGUGUGCAAGGUGGUCGAGUGUUCAUUAUCUAUGGUCAAAUGAAUCGUUCUCUUGUACCUGAUCGUAAAAUUUCAAUUAUUGAAGGACUUGCCAAUCAAACACUUAUUUCACCAGAAUGUGAUGAUGAUCGAUUUGGUUCAGCAUUGGCUUGCCUUGAUUGGAACAAUGAUGGAUUUGAUGAUUUGGUCGUUAGCAGUCCAUCACAUGGAUUCGGCUUUCGUGGAGCAGUAUUUGUGUUUGCUGGUGAUACACAAGGUCUUCAACUUCAACCAUAUAUGCGUAUUGACGGAGUGAAUGAACAUGAUGAAAUUGGAUUCGAACUGCUUACGGCACAUCUCGACAAUGAUACCCAAUUUGAUUUGAUCAUUACUAGUCCAUACGCUCAACCGAAUGGUUAUAAUCAACCACAACAAGGAGCUGUUUGGAUCUUCCUGAGCUCUGACCAUCAUAUAUCGGAUAAUGAACUCACUAUUGCCAAUGCAUCGUUCACCAUUUGGGGUGAAACAGCAAAAUCGAAAUUUGGUUAUUCACUUGAAAUGAUUCCGCCGUCAUGCAUCAACAAUGUGACCUAUCCUGUUCUUAUGAUCAGCGCACCAGCUGAUCAGGGUAAACUGUUCGUAUACUCAUUUCAACCCGAGCCCCAUCUCAUUGUUACUCUCUCGGGCAAACAAGAAAAGGAUCGUUUUGGACAGAGUUUUUCAAUUUAUAAAGACAAAUGUUUGCUCGCUGUCGGAUCGCCGACCCGUCUUACCAACUGGUACGGUGGUGUUGAUGUUCUUUUACUAUCCAAUCUAUUCCAUCAAUCAAAUAUGCAUCUCGAAUUAAGUAAUAUUUCUGUGCUUGUCUCAAUUUAUGGUGAUAUGAUCUUUGGACGUCUUGGUACAACAGUUCAAUGGACACCCAACGGUAAUUUAUGCAUAUCAGCUCCGCUUGGCAAGAGAAGCUCUCUGCCAUUGCAGUUGGAAAAGUCUAUAGGCCGUGCGUAUGUCAUAUCCGCUAAUAAAAUCCCAGCACAACCCAAUUCAGUGAUGCGAUCAAUAAAACAAAUAAGUACUACGACUUACGUCGCUCAGAACCACAUGAAUCGAUUUGGUAGUCGUACUAAUAUUCUUUCUUCAACAUCCGCCUCCUACUAUGUCAUUUCAUCACCCUUUACGACCAUAUCUGACAAUGUUCGUCUGCCUGGCAUGUUAUAUUUUUUAUCGUUAUCACACUGA